GGCGAAACUGCAGGAGGAGCAGGAUCAACAGACACAGAUGCUGCACCUCCUCAUGACCAAGCUCAAGCAGACAGAGACAAUCAUGGACCAGGACAACAUUGCCAAGCAAGUCCACAAGGAGGUGGCCCACAUCUACUUCAAUGUCACAAAGGUGGACCAAGGCAACAGGAACAAGCUUUGGCUGGCACUCAUCAAGAGCAUCAAGGAGAAGGACAAGGUCAAGUUGUCAGCCAAGGCUCUCAAUUACAUUUGGAAGAAAUUCAUUCCAGUGGUAUGGUGCACCAGCAACAGAAGCACAUGACCAAGUCACUGUGGCUUUUGCUCACACAUGCAUUCAAGAAUCUCAAUCCAAAAAAGACACCCACUCAGUUCAAGGAGAAAAUAGCUGGCAACAGUAUCUUCAGGGAUUGGCUCAUGCGCAUGGGCUUCAGAGCCACAAACAAGUACACCAUCACAGACCCAGACCAUCCAAACACAGAGCCAGGCCAUUCACAGAGAUCUGUGAAGUGGUGGCAAGACAUCAACUUGAAGGGAGCUUGCAUCACCAAGCCCAGAACCAAAGGCUCAAGUCUCUUCAAGUAUGUUGACUUCCCUGGUCAGAUAGGCGAAGAGAUAGACGAAAAGGAAGACAAGCAGGUAGACAAGGAGGAAGACAAGUGGGUAGAUGAAGACAAAGACAAGUGGGUAGAUGAAGACGAAGACAGGCAGGAAGAGGAGCAGGUAGAAUCCCACAACACCACAGCCCAUUCAAAUCUUUGUUUACCUUUUUUUCCCCUUUGUGCAGGUUGGCAGGAUUGGUGA